AUGAAAAAACAAAAAUUUGAAGAUAGAGUAUAUAAAGUAGUUACUUUAGGAGAAGGUAGAGUAGGUAAGACAUCAAUCAUAACACGAUUCUUUCAUAAUUCCUUCUCUGAAUAGACACAAGAAACAUCUGAUGGCUAUUGCAAAGAGAAAACUAUUUAGACAAAAAAAGGAUCAAUUGAUUUAGCUGUCUGGGUAAUUAAUAAAUCAUUUAUAUGAAGGAUACUGCUGGUUAAGAGAAGUAUCAUAGUUUGGCUCCCCUUUAUUAUAGAAAUUCAGAUGCUGCAAUUAUAGUUUAUGAUAUCACAGUCAAAGAAACAUUACAGAAAGGAAGGUAAUGGAUUCAAGAACUUAAGUAAUUGGCAGAAAACGAUAAUAUGCUAUUGGUUAUUGUAGGCAAUAAAUGUGAUAUGCAUAUUCAUAAAGAUGUAGAAUAAUCAUGUAUUAUAUAUCAAAUAACAAUUAUUAGAAAUUGAUGAAUUGUGUAAUCAAUAUAAUGCAAAACAUUUUUUAGUUUCAGCUAAAUCUGGAAAGGGAAUACCUGAAGUUUUUGAUUAUAUAGCAAAUGGUAAAUUAAAUAAGAAAUCAUAGAAUUGAAAUAAGUUGUUAAAUAAACCAAUGCAAGAAAUACAUUAAAAUAAGGAAAGUAGAAAGAGUAAUAAAAUAAUGGGGGAGGAUGUUGCUGA